GCGGGGCCCUGAUGGACUACAUGGAUAGUGGGCCGAGGUACACCCCCAACAAGGACAAAGACUGGGACACGGCCGUCCAGUUCCUGCCUGCGUCCGACAACAAGAAGCUCGAGAAGAAAAAGGGUCCUGGGAAAAUCGGGGCUGUGAUCGGUGUGAUCAUCUUAGCUGCUGUUAUUGCUCUAAUGACCGGACUGCUGGUCUGGCAUUUUAACUUCCGCACAAAAGUGCGGGUCAAGAAGAUGUACAGCGGCUCCAUGCGGAUCACCAACCAGGUGUUUGACGACAAAUACGAGAACUCGAACAGCUCCGAGUUCAAGGCGCUGGCGAAGCAGGUGACGACCCAGCUUAAAUCCAUCUACUCCAGGAGUCCGCAGCUCACCAAGUACUAUGUGAGUUCUACAGUUCAAGCUUUCAGUGAGGGAAGCGUCAUCGCCUACUACCUGUCGGAGUUCUCCGUCCCGUCGGGCCAGGAGGCGGCGGUGGACAGCGCCAUGUCCUCCGUGGAGAAGCUGGUGGACAAAGAGCAGCGCACCCGGCACAGACCCGGCAACUCUCUGGUCCUGGACGACGUGGUGUCUUCAGCACUUGAUACUCGCCUCCUGUCGUCAUCGUUCAGCAGGUUUUUCAGUUAUUCAGAACACGCCAGGACCAAUCGCAUCGGACAGAUCCAGUCCCCGGGCUUCCCCAACAGCCCGUACCCCCCCAACACCUUCAUCCAGUGGCAGCUCAGAGCCGACCCCAGCUACGUCAUCAAGCUGGAGUUCGACACCAUGAAUCUGGAGGAGGACUGCAACAACGAUUUCGUCAAAAUCUACGACUCGCUGGUGGCCAUCGAGAGCCGCGUCAUGGACGAGAUGUGUGGUUACUAUUCCCCCAGUGAACCUCUCACCUUCCUGUCCUCGGGGAACGUCAUGCUGGUGACCAUGGCCACGAACGAGCGAGCCGACUACCCGGGCUUCAGAGCACAAGUCUCACAGACGAAGCGCGGAGCCAAAGGCACAACGUGUGGCGGCCAGCUGAGAGGCGACAAAGGCAGCUUCUCUUCUCCCAACUUCCCAAACUACUACCCCCCCCGGAUGUCCUGCCAGUGGUCAAUUGAGGUCCCGGAUGGAAAGGCAGUGAAGGUGACGUUCAAGAAGUUCCUCUUGUCCGAACCCGGGCAGGAAAAAUACAAUGACUGUCGGAAAGACUUCGUGGAGGUCAACGGGAAGAGACUCUGCGGAGAACAUCCCGACGGGACGUUGACUCAAACCAGCAAAUCCAACACGAUGACCGUGGUGUUCUCCUCCGACGCCUCCUACGUGGACCGAGGCUUCAACGCCACGUACGAGGUCAUCGACUCCAAAGAUCCCUGUCCGAAGCAGUUCCAGUGCAGCAACGAGCGCUGCAUUACGACGGAUCUCAGGUGCGACGGCUGGAACGACUGCGGCGACAUGAGCGAUGAGUUGAAAUGCACGUGCAAAAAAGACAGUAUCAACUGUAAGAACGGACUGUGCAAGCCCAUGUUCUGGCAGUGUGACGGAGUGGACGACUGCGGAGACGGGACCGAUGAGAUCAACUGUGGUGGAUGCAAAUCUGGACAAGUGGCCUGUAAGAAUGACAAGUGCGUCUCUGAGAAGAGUCGCUGCGACGGGAGGGACGACUGUGGGGACGGGUCGGACGAGCUGGACUGUGGCCGGGGGACCUCUGGCAUCCAAUGCACUGAGCUCACCUAUAAAUGCAAGAACAAUAAGUGCGUCAGCAAAGUGAACCCGGAGUGCGACGGCACACCGGACUGCGAGGACGGCUCCGACGAGGAGAACUGCGACUGCGGGAGGAGCAUGUUCAAGACGUCCCGCAUCGUGGGCGGCCAGGACGCCGAGGCCGGGGAGUUCCCCUGGCAGGUCAGCCUCCAUGUGAAGAGCUACGGCCACGUGUGCGGAGCGUCCCUCAUCAGUCCACGCUGGCUGGUCACCGCCGCCCACUGCGUGCAGGACGACGCCAAGACGAGAUACUCUCAGCCCAGCACGUGGGAGGCGUACAUCGGCCUCCACAUGCAGGCGAAGACCGGUAGUCCCGCGGUGAAGAGGAACCUGAAGCAGGUCAUCUCGCACCCCAACUAUAACGAGUACACCUUCGACAACGACAUCGCCCUGAUGGAGCUGGACAGUCCGGUCGCCUACUCCGACUACAUCAAGCCCAUCUGCUUACCGGCUCCGACCCACGACUUCCCAGUCGGUAACACGGUGUGGAUCACCGGGUGGGGGGCCACUCGAGAAGGAGGAUUUGCUGCAAAGGUGCUGCAGAAGGCCCAGGUCCGAAUGAUUAACCACACUGUGUGCGAUAAGUUGAUGGGGGGGCAGCUCACCUCUCGGAUGUUGUGCGCUGGGAUCCUGACGGGAGGAGUCGACGCUUGUCAGGGCGACUCUGGCGGCCCCCUAUCCUUUCCCUCCGGCAGCCGCAUGUUCCUGGCCGGCGUGGUGAGCUGGGGUGACGGCUGCGCCCGCAGAAACAAACCUGGCAUCUACUCAAAGGUCACUAAGUUCCGUGGCUGGAUCAAAGAAAAGACAGGAGUCUAAAACCACUGUGAAACGCUCAAAGCAGACCAGAGAUAUGGACGUGAACAUGUGCUGAUGAGAAGAACCUCAGCACAGAGAGUUGCUCCGAUUUAAAACACCAGUCUGACUUUCCAGCUGACGCACAACGCUCAGUCAAGCUGCAGAGAGAAACGCUUGGAAGAGCAAUAGCAACAUGUCCACUGGCAUUUAACAUUUUUACAGUCAGGGUUGAUGAAAUGUUUUUAAAUGUAAAUAAGAAGUCAUUUUUUGUGUGUGUUUUGUUUUUAUUGUCAUUUUAGUUUCUUUUAAUGGAGAGCAAUGUUAUUUGUAGAUUUCAGGUGUGAUUGUUACACAUGUACACACAGGAAGGGCACGUCCACUUCCUGCACUCUGACAGAAGCCAUCAUAGAAAUGUCCCGCCACCUUUUUCAAGUUGUCUCUGUUCUCAAUUUUAUAAAUUAAAACCCAAAUGGACAGCAAGCUCCUUCCACCUUACCUCCUAUGGCUUGGUAUAGUAUGCAUUUUAUCAUUGAGGUUUAGUCCAGCAGCAAACAUUAGAGAUUUGUGAUUGUUCUCUCCUGAAGCCAUCUCCUCAUCAUGAAUUGGUAUUUUAACAUUUUAAACUGCGUGUGUGUAUCUGAAUAAAACAUACUGGGUUUUAUUUUUUUUUUAAAUCUUUCGUAUUUCAUCUGCUAAUGUGACUUUUCAUCCAUUCGACACAAUAUUGGAACAAUGUGC